AUUUAUGAAAUGCCGUAUAUAUAUUUGGCUCGUGCUUAACUGUCUCCCCUCCGGAUCAGUGGUACAGUCUCACAGAUUUCAUUCAUAAAAAUCUGCCUCACUAUAAAGACAAGCAGCGCGGAUGGCUGGUGCCUCCUAGCGUAGUAACCUCAAUCUAGAUUUUUUUUUAAUAUAAAAAAACACCCCCUGCAGAACAGCAUUUGUUGACAUUAGUCACAUAUUGAUCUGGUUCCCAGCAUCUCCUGGAGCGAUCUGGCAGAAGUGAUGCCUAAAACCGCGAGUGUUUCUCAGGUGUCUGCAGAACAGCUGCUGCACACAUCAGCUGCUGAGAUGAAGGAUACGCAGAAGACAGGUAUUCUGAAGGAUGCUGAUGCUCCCUUUGUUCCAACGGUCACUGCUGUAGCUUCAGCUCCAGAUCUCAAGUGGAUGGUCCUGUCGACUGACAUCUCUUCAGUGUCACCCUGCAGACACGAGAAACCACAGAGCUCAUCUCACUCCACAGACGCCAAACCAGCUCGAAAGACCUUCACUGGCCGGAGAAAGGGAGUGAAAGAUCAGCUUACUCCAGAGGAAGAGGAGAGGAAGAGGAUCAGAAGAGAAAGGAAUAAACUCGCAGCCGCCAAAUGUCGAAAUCGUAGGCAAGAACUAACCAACAGUCUCCAAGCUGAAACCGAUAGUCUCGAGGAGGACAAAGCAGCUCUGCAGUCUGAGAUCGCCAAUCUGUUAAAGGAGAAAGAACGACUCGAACUCAUCCUUUCUGCUCACAAACCCCACUGUAAACUCUCGGAGGAGAGGGAGGCGGAGACCGAGACCGAGGAACAGACCCAAGCCCUAGACGAGCAGACUCAAGCUCCCACCGCAUCCCCAGAACAGGUGCCCAGCUCCCCUCAGCAGCUCGACCCCCCCAGCACUGCCAUCUUCGGGGACUCGGACGUCCUUCUGUGUUCCAGUGCCGAACUGGGCGCCGCUGAGGUGGAACCGUACAUCGAUAUGAGGGAUGUGUCCAUGGAAGACAUUAGCAACGUGAUGGACAGCGGCGAUGAUAUGGAUCUGUUAGUGCCAGAUAUCGACCUCACUAGCUCUCUGGGCCUGAGUGAAUGGGAAACCCUGUACAUGUCAAUGGGUGGAGGGUUAGAACCUCUUAGCUCGCCUGCAUGCAGCCCGACCUGUAGCAGCACCGACGCUGUGCCCGUCUUCAGCUUCAACAAUGCAGAGGAGGAGAAGCAUGACACUGGCAAAGAGGGCAAACCUAAUGCAGCCAAAGAAAUCUUGAAGACUUUAUGAAGGUUCUGCCACAUCAAUCUUAAAAAUAAAGGUUCCAAAAGGUGGUUUUCCCAGUGAUGCCAUAACAGAACUUUUUUAGUUUUCCAAAGAGUGUGUAGAACAUGUGAAUAAUCUAAAGAACCAUAAAGAACUUUUGUGCAAUUG